GGAGAUUUACCGCUAAUCAAGGAAACGGCUUUACUGCCGAGAUGCGAAUGCGAUAUAUCGCCCAGCCCUAAAAUAAAUGAUUUUGAGUAAACUGCUGUAUAUACGUAAACGCUAUGUAAAUUUGUUUGGGUGAACUGUUCCUUUAAAUUUGUCCCUACCUUCCAUCCGUAUGUUUGCUUCAGGAAGUGCUUCCAGUCAGUCCCGCUGUAGGACGAGUGCAUGUUUUUGGAUCAGCACUGAUUCUCCGCGUAUCGUUUAUGUUACAUUAUUUAAAUGUGACACUAAUAAGAGAACAAUAACCGGUCAACUAACAAUAACAGUCCUCGCUAGCUUUUGCUAGCAAGUGUGUGGACGAGAGCAGAUUUGACUAAACUAAAAGAUGGGUCGAAAACACGCAUCAACAACAUGAUGUGACAAUUUGGUUUGAAACGUCUAACAAGGAGCUGGAGGCCUUUGUAGCUUGUUUAUAUAACAUAGAAAGUAGCUAGACUUUUCACGGUUGGUUUAAGGCUUUUAAAAAAAAAUCUGUUUACUCGUCAAUAUGUCCGAAGUCAUACACUCGUUUCAGUCACAGCUGUCUGGGGUCAUGGAGACCGUUUUUAAAGCUGCCAUAUUUGAGAUCAGCCGUCUCGUGGAGGACAGUUUCGUGAAGGAAGUGUCCCGCAGUCGAGAGCAGGUAGAGACUCUGAAGAAGAGGCUCCAGUGGAGCGAGACCAGACGGAAAAGCCAAGAGACGAGUGUGAGGAGUCUGAGGUGUGCAGAGUGUGACAAAGCCCGUGUGUGUACCGAGGAAACAGAAGAAAUGUCACCACAAUCAGAAAAUGAGCGCAGCCUCAAACAGGAGAAGGUUCCGGAUGGGAACUGGAGAAGCUGUGAGUUGGAGUCUGACACACUUUUGGGAAAAGAGCGACUAGAAGACCAAACCAGCACCAGUAAUACAGCAGAGUCUGCAAGCACAGAGGUCAGGAAACUGGACUGCGUAUUAAAAGAGGAGACCCUUUAUGUCACUGCCGCUAAUAAAGGGCUUCAGGAUGGGUGGACGUUGGAUACUGAAGGAGCGGAGACAUCAGAUUUCUCAGCUCACAGUUACAGUGAGCAGGAGCUGCAGCAGAUUCAGGAAGAGUGGAGCUCUGGACUUGAUCAUACUGCUGACAAUGAAGCUUACGUAGACAUCACAGACAUCCAGGGCCUGACGUAUCGGACCCGUUAUGAUGCAGAAGAGCUAGCAAGCUACGGUGUGCAUGAACUGGACAUGGGAGACCUGGACGGUCUCGGAGAAAGAACUGAAGACAUGUUGGGUAAUUCAGUAUCGGUUGCUGUUGGGCCUGAUCAAAACGACCUGGACCAAGAAGGUGGGAGACAUCACAGCUCUUCCAUUAAGAGUAAGAGAGGAAACAGAGGCUCUUUACCUGUGCAAGUAACCGCAGAGACACAAGACGUGGAUGGAGACAUGCACUGUUUACUUAUUAAUGCAGAUGGCCACUUGCAAGACAUAAAUUCCUUCACAGAAGUUCGCAGUGGGGUUGCAGGAGGUGCUGGACAUAGAGGACACUCGCUGUAUGUUGAGGACACAGCUAGUGGUGCAGUUUAUAAGGGACAUGCAUUUAAUCAUUCUCUGAAACCUAAUGUUGGACAAGCAAUAGGAGACAGCAGGGCUUCUGCAAAAGCCUUCCCAGUCGCCCACCGAGUCAGUUCAAGUGCUGCAUACACUUGUAACCAGUGCGGUAAGAAGUUCACUCAGGCCUGCAACCUAAAAGUGCACCAGCGUGUCCACCAGCGGGACGGUCUGCACUUGUGCAGCCACUGUGGGAAAGGAUACUCAUCCUUCAGUGACCUGCGACGGCACCGAUGCAGUCAGACUGGAGACAAGCCCUACACCUGCACGCUGUGUGGGAACAAAUUCAGCCGACUGUGGAAUCUCAAGCUGCAUCAGAGGAUUCACACGCAGGAGAAACCACACAAGUGCACUCUGUGCAGUAAGAGCUUCACCCGGGCCGACAUCUUGAAAGUCCAUCAACGUACCCAUACAGGAGAAAGACCGUACUGCUGCGGUGUCUGUGGACUGAGCUUCAAACGACUGGAUCAUCUCAGGUCACAUCAGCGCAAACAUAGUGCUGACCAGAACAAUCCAUAAGAAAACAAUUCACCACAUAACCUUAAAGAGUUGUUUCUGCUAGAAGGUCCUAAAUCACAAAUUGUUGGAGGGCCAUAAAUCCAGGUGUUUUCCAUAAGUCAUAACAUCGUUGCUGUAGAAGCUCCCAUUAUAGUUAUGUCUUCUGUAUAAUUUAAAUUAGUUUUUUCUGAAAGGGAUAGUUCAUCCAAAAAUGAAUAUUCAUUAUUUCCUUUCCCUUAGGUAGUUUAAGUCCUGCAUGACAUUCUUCUUGUGGAACAUAAAGGAAGUGUUUUUUUUUUUUUUUUUUUUAAUAAAUGUAUCUUCUUUUAUUUGUCUUUAUAAUCUGUUUGGUUUCCAACAUUCUUCAGAAUGUCUUUUGUGUUUAGCAGAGGAAAUGAAGUAAAACCGGUUCAAGAGUAAAUGACUAUAGAAUAUUCAUUUUCGGGUGAACUAUGCUUAUAAGUUAUGCUAUGGAUAAUGUGGCCAACUUUGCAUCACUUAAAAGUUUGAAUAUUGUUUACUUGUGAUGUAGAGUGGUCAGAGAUCGGCACUUUCCUGCUCUUUAUAGCUUUGUGUGUGUCACUCAUUUUGAAAAAUAGAUUUAUUUCGGUUUAUUUUAAUAAACCUACCAAAUAUAUAUGUGCUCAGAUAUGCAAUGUGUGUCACAUCAUACAAUAUCAGUCCAUUUUCAGCUCUCUGCUUCAGCGAUACAU